AUGAAUUCGUAUCCUACUCCGAAUUACGGCCAAAAUAACGCUUCAAUACGUCGGUCAAACGAUCCUCUUGCCCAUUUCCGCGGAAAUGAACUCACUCCGGAUAUUCUGGUAAACACUGUCGCUGGCCUGUUCACAACCACAAGCGAAUCGUUAAGAGCCAGCAACAACAAGGAAGCCCUGGAUUCCAUACAUAGCGCUUGCGAUUGGGGAACGGGUGUCCGGAGACGACUACCACGCGACAGGUCGCAUGUUGUGUGA